GAAUCUUGGACUGUUUAAUGAAAUGUCUCGGUCAUGUAACGGAGCUGUGACGCCCACGUGCAACCUUCGGGGCGAGUGUUGUGAGGGGAUACGAACGUGCAGGGACCACAAAUUCCUUUGUGCCACCAACAUAACUGACACGUGUGAUGGAGGAAGGUGUAAAGCUGACAAUAAAACGAGUGUCUGCUGUCCUGACACAGCUCAGUGUUGUCUGACACGGGGGAGAACCUCUUGCUGUAUAGAAGCAGAAGUGUGGUGGAAGUGGCCCGCUCUUCUUGCUAGUUCUGCUUUCUUGUUACUUACAUUCGCUCUCCUCUACUAUACAUACAAGUCCACUAGGUCCUCAAGACGAAACGAUCGCCACGUGAUACACUUCGAUGAUAUGCCACCAGUUCAACCUCCCCCUUACCAUCUUCACCACGGCUAUAUGGGUGUUUUGAUGAAGGAGUACAGCGUGAGCGAGGCCCCACCUGAGUAUAUGAGCAGAGAGGGGACUCCCCAAACUCAGCACAACCUUGCAGUCAUCAUAAGGUCAAGUGAAGGAGAUGAAUCAUACGAGAUCCAGUAUAGCCCACAGCAUACCCAGCAAGCAAACUAUCAGAUUCAAACAGCUAUCCUUCGAGGAACAGAUCCCCUUCAGACAAUUAUGUCGCUCUCCAACUUAUCAGACUCUGAUAACUUUACUGUGAGAUCUGAUUCAGUGCUAGAAGUAGAAGGUUCUGAUAACUUUACUGUGAGAUCUGAUACAGUGCUAGAAGGUUCUGAUAACUUUAUUGUGAGAUCUGAUGCAGUGCUAGAAGAAAGUUCCGUUAAUCACUGAAACGGUCCACUCAAUUUAGAAGAAUUCUUUUUGUUUAAAUUCU